ACCUGGUUGGUUCAAAAUGGGGAGGACAACAUGGUUCGACGUCGACGGGAUAAAGAGAGGAGAAUGGACGGCGGAGGAAGACCGGAUGCUCAUCGCUUAUAUCAACAAAUACGGUGUCAGGGACUGGGGUGCCCUGCCUAAGAGAGCCGGUCUGCAUAGAUGUGGAAAGAGUUGUAGAUUAAGGUGGCUGAAUUAUUUGAAGCCUGGUAUUAAAAAAGGCAAGUUCACUCCUCAGGAGGAAGAUGAUAUCAUCAAAUUUCACUCCCUUCUUGGAAACAGGUGGGCAGCAAUAGCAAAGCAAAUGCCAAACCGAACAGACAAUGAUAUCAAGAAUCAUUGGAACUCAUGUCUUAAGAAAAGACUUCGCAGAAGUGGGAUAGAUCCGAUGACCCAUGAGCCAAUCAAAGCCACUUCCUCCUCAACGAGGUUGUCUCCAGCACGGAGACAUUCUUCUUCUACUACUUCUUUCUCUCUUUCCUCCACAGGCUCUGUACGUCUACUUAACAAGCUUGCUGCUGGAAUAUCCUCGAGGAAACUUGCACUCGAUAGGAUCAGGACUGUGAUGAUAUCUUCGGAACCAAGAGAAGUCGAUGAAGAAGAGAAGACGAUGAUAAGCAGCAGGAAAGAAGAGGAGAAAGUGAUUGGUUGUUUCAUGGAGAUUGAUAAGAAUCUGAUCAGUACGAUGUCGUUAGAUGAGUUGGCUUGUGACUCUAGCUACUACUACUACGACGACUGGCUUCGUGGCUGCUUUCAAUGACUACUCAUCAUUGAGCCUUACGAUUUACGUUACGCGGUCGGUCCUGAGACACCCGAGACUCCAUACAAAAUAAAAUAUUUUUCUAUUAUCAUAAAUAUACUACAUGAUUAUACAAAAACUUAUUUGCUAUAACAUUUUUGUGAAAAAAAUAAACAGCUUUUUACCAUUUUGUAUAUCCAUAUUCAUAUUGUUCUAAUAAGUUUAUAUGUAUAAAAUCUUUGUCCAAAAAAAAUGUAUAAAAUUUAUUAGUGUAAUAUGUUUUGUUACCAUAUUAUUGAUUAAAUAAAUAAGAAUAUCAAAUUUUUUUUUUUUUUUUUAGAUGUGAGUUCCAUAUAAAAAUGUAGGCUCCAUGUAAAUUUUUGUGUGCAUCUCUUCAGGAGCAGCACUUACGAUCUAUACCAGUCUGAUUUCGAACAAGUAACAUGAGACUUAUGAUAAACUUGACCUGUUCACUCUCUUGGCCAACAUUCCUCUUGAAUUUCAUUAUUUCUAUCAUUUAAAAGAACAAGUGUUUAGUUACUAUACAUGCGGUCAUUGUUUUUGAAUUUGACUGUUACAUUUUCUCUUUUUAUUCGGUUACCUCUCCUACACGUGAUUAUGAGCCCUACAUUCAUAUUUGAGGGUUUCAUGCCAUUUCAAUGAAGCAAGCCUAUCGACUACAAUAUUGCUAUGGGUGUUCACCGCAAAAAUGUCAUGGUGGCGUGUAGUUGAAAGUUGAAACCUUACACCAUAGAAAAUAAUACAAUAUUACUACUAUGUGCAAGUAUCCCACAACACUAUAGAAAAUAAUAGUAAUAAUUAAUAUCAUGUGAUUCUAUGCGUAUCAAAACAUUGAAACCAAUCUUAGUCAAACAUAAGCACCAGAUUACUAAUUUCAAUUAUAAAGAACGUAUAUACUCUCGAAUAUUUUUUUUUUUUAACGUCACUUGGAUAUAUUUUAUCAUUGCCGUAGAUAAUGGAUUUAUAAUAUUCCAUGACUGUUUUAUUUAUUUUUUUGCUUAAAUUCUCUUCCAUGACUGUUCCAUUUUGUUCCCGAUAUUUUAAUACUCUUACCAAGUAAGUAUCAUACUAUUUGAGAUGGAAUUUUAACUACAGUUAUACCGCCAUUUUAAUCUGAAGUGCUUUGGUUUAAUCAGUUUUACGACAUGUGGAAACUGUGAUUAACAUCACCCCAUGCAGGGAUCCCCACCCAUGCAUAUUGGGUGCUAAAAUAAUAAGAUGCCCACUAAAAAUUGGAGGAAGGAGUCAAAAGGAAGUGACUGGCCAGAUUAUUAAAAGAACGGAUCCAAUAUAUUCGUAAUUAAUCAAUCAUAAGUGUUGAUUAAGAUUGACAGCUAUAAACACGAAAAUCCAAAGACGACAUGUGUUCUGUUUACUGAACUUUAAGAUUUUUUUUUUUUUUGCUUUAAUCUGUGGAUACCUUUUCUUUGCUUUGUUUUGCCCAGUUUGUGCCAAUUAGCACAUUUAACUAAUUUUCACGUCAUCUAUAUCUAUCUAUCUAUAACUAUUAUUUUCGAAAUAAAUUUUUGUAACAGAGCUCUCACGUUAAAAGUUAGACCGGUUAAUAUCGUUUAUACCCUUAAUGAAUAAUUAUAUAAAUUAGUCAAAAAAUAAAAACGAAUUUCAAAUCAAUCUUAUUAAAAAAGUGAUUAAAAUUUAUAACAAAACGUUUAUACUCUUAAUGAAUAAAU